GCACGAGGGGCAGCUGAAGAACACUGAACCGGAUAUCGGCGUCAACAUGGGAGAUGAUGAGUUAAUCUAUCUGCCAGACAUAGAAGAAUAUGAUAUGGAUGCUCUCAUGGGAGACGAGGACCAGUUGAACACUGAUCAGGCUAUUUUUUGUGAGGAACACAACCUCGACAAGGUGUCAUCGUCCAAGCGUCCCAAACGCUUCACCGUGCAGCAGCUUCAGCAACUUGAAUCGUAAAACAAAAUAAACACAUGCUAUUAAUUUUAAACCACUGAAUAUUUUUGUACCGUUAACAUAUUACGUGAGCUAGCUUAUCUGGUUUUUUCAUGAUGCAGUUCGUUCCAAAAGUGUAGCCAUCCAGAUGAUGAAAUGCGCCAGGAACUGGCUGCCAAGGUUGGUAUAAGUGCAAGGCAGGUUAAGUUUUGGUUUCAAAACCGACGCUCUCAGAUUAAGGUGAGGUCCUGUGGAACUGAGAACAACAAAUAUCGGCGACAAAACGCUGAGCUGCUCGCAACGAACAUGGAACUCAAGGAGCAACUGAAAGGAAUGACAUGCAGUAGAUGCGAUGCCCCAACAAUAAUGCAGAAAUGGCAGUUGAUGGAUGAAAAUGCUAAGCUUAGGGAAAUGUACUCGCUCGCCAGUGCAGAACUGACCAAGCUCAUGCAGGAAGCAAAUCUCCCUCCCUCUGUGAUACUAGAGGAUAUGGCAUUAGUUACUUCCAUGAACCCAUUGUCCAGCAAUGCUAGCAGCAGUCGUAGCACCAUCAACCAGGAUGAGCUUCUCUCAUAUGUUGAGUGUGCUAUCAAAGAGUUUGAGAUGCUAGUAAGGGAUGGUACGCCGUUGUGGCUGCCGACCAUCGGUGGCGACGUGCUCAACAGUAAGGAGUAUGCCUGCCAGAGAUUCCCAAGAUUACAUGGGACGAUCCGCCCAGAAGGGUUUGUUGUGGAGGCCACAAGGGACACUGCCAUAGUCAAGGGAUCAGCCCCAGACAUUGUUGACAUCCUCACUGAUGUGGUAAGCUUGAUGCAGCUAUUUACAUGUACCAACAUUCGUCCAUCAAUAAUGCACUCUCUGCUAGUGUUGUAA